UUUCAGACACAUGAAGGUAACUUCAAGAGUUCAGAAAAAGGACAUGCCACCAGUCCCACCAAACGUUUUGCAAAACCUCAAAAUCUUCGAGCUCCGAUGUAAGAAACAGAGCUCGCAUUCUCAACAGCAAGAAACCAUGAAGAGAACACACAUUUCAUACUCCCUAGAUCGAACAUGUCUGAUUCUACUAAUCACACUGGCUUUACUCUCUCUAAUCCUCCUCUUAAUUGUCGGUCAAAACAAAUCGUCUCCAUCAACCGACACUUCCUCAAACCAGCAAAAACACUCCAUCCUAGACCAAAAUCUCAAUGACCCAUCACAGUUGCCGAGACUGCCAAGGUUUGCUUACUUCAUCUCAGGCACAAAAGGGGAUGUUUCAAGUGUAAAAAGAUUGCUUCAAGCAGUGUAUCAUCCUAGAAACUACUAUUUGUUGCAUCUUGAUUUUGAAGCAAGUGACGGUGAAAGGCUUGAGCUUGCAAAGUAUGUAAAGGUAGAGAGUGGUGUGAUGAGGGAAUUUGGGAAUGUCAUGGUUCUUGGUAAGGGUGAUUUGGUUACAUAUAAAGGGCCUACUAUGAUUGCUAGUAUACUACAUGGGGUUGCUAUUUUGUUGAAGCAGUUUGAAGAUUGGGAUUGGUUUGUUAAUUUAAGUGCUGAAGAUUAUCCUCUCAUGCAUCAAGAUGAUAUCCUGCAUAUUUUCUCCUACUUGCCUAGAGAUCUGAACUUCUUGGAGCACACAAGUGGUAUCGGUUGGAAAGAGUACCAAAGAGCAAAGCCUAUAAUCAUAGAUCCAGGCUUGUAUCAUGCAAAGAAGUCUGGUGUAUUUUGGGCCAAAGAGAAAAGGAGUUUGCCUGCCGCUUUCAAGUUAUUUAUGGGGUCUGAAUUGGUGGUUCUUACAAGGUCAUUUCUUGAAUUCUGUGUCUGGGGAUGGGAUAACCUCCCCCGCACUGUCCUUAUGUAUUACACAAAUUUCUUGUCAUCCACAGAGGGAUACUUCCAUACUGUCAUUUGCAACCAAAAAGAUUACCAAAACACUACAGUUAACCAUGACCUGCAUUACCUAAAGUGGGAUAACCCUCCAAAGCAAUAUCCAUUGAAUCUCACCGUGGAGCAUUUUGAAGACAUGGUUGCAAGUGGUGCCCCCUUUGCCCGUAAGUUUGCAAAGGAUGAUCCAGUUCUUAACAAAAUUGACAAAGAACUUCUGGGGAUACCGGAUGGACAGCUUACUCGAGGGCGCUGGUGUGCAGGAAAGUCUCUUUCAGAUAAAGAUCCUUGUGUUGUUUAUGGGAGUCCCUUUGCUGUUAAACCAAGUACUGUUAAUUCACGGAGGCUAGAGGAACUAAUGGUGAAACUUCUUGAUUCUGAAAAUUUCAGAUCUAAACAAUGUAAAUAAUUUUCCAUUACUCAAGUUUUCUUCUCUUGAUUUUUAAAAUAUUUUUUUGUUUGAAAAUAUAUUAAAAUAAUAUAUAUAUUUUUUUAUUUUUUAAAAAUUAUUUUUUACAUAAUAUUUUAAAAUUAUCAAAAAAUAUUUUUAAAAUACACAAACAAACAAGUAUUAGCUGGUGCAAUCUGUUGUCCUCAAAACCAUGGCCCUUGCGAGCAAAUCAAUGCUUAGAACCAUAGUAAAAAAUGUCAAGAGUGAACUUGUCCAAAAAAUGCAGUCAAUCAGAGCAAUGCCAUUCAAAUUUUGAUUAUUAUCUUACGAGGACUCCGAUGCACCCGACAACAGGGAACCGACACAGGUCAAGUCAAUUGCUGCCAAAGUCUUCAAACACAGAGAAGACUUUAUCCUUAAAGCAACCAGUGGUUGAGAGAUUCCUAGUGGAAAAAUGAAGAACUCUCAAACCAUGAUGGAAGAGAAGCAGCUAGGGUUCUUCGACUUGCUCAAAGAAUCCCUCAAAACCCCCUUCAGAAAUCCCAAUCUCAUCAUCUUUGCCUUCUUCUCCUCUCUCCCUUUGUUCUCCUUUUUGAUCAUGUACGAGACUGUCUUCCAGCAAACCAUGAUCAAAACAUUGAAGGAUAUUUUAAAGGAAAGAACAUCUCAUUUUGAUGUUCUCGAUUAUUAUGAUGCAAUACCAGGAGCUACAGAGAGGUUGAUUGAAGGAAUUUCUAGUGAGUUUUUUCUACUUUGUCUCAUAUAUUUAGGGAUACUCCAUUUGCUAGACCUCUUCAGCAUGAUUGCUAUAGUAGACAUAGCUUCAAUGAUUUACAAAGGAGAUCGGAAAGCCAUGAAUCUUAAGGACAUGCUAAGCAGAUGCAUCAAAGAAACAAGAAUUAAAGGGCCUCUCAUCACAUCCAUCUAUGCUCUCCUUUUAGAUUCUCUUAUUUCAGUUGGACUAGUCUCCACGGUGAUGUACAUAUUCCUCGGGUCAAUCUCUUCCUUCUUCUCCAUGGUAUUUGCCUUAGUCUUUAUAGGUUUACUAUCAAAAUACAUAGAGUGGAGUGCUGUAUGGAACAUGGGAAUUCUGAUUUCCAUUUUGGAAGAGAAACAUGGUGAUGUAGCAUUGAUAAUCUCAGCAUAUCUAAGCAGAGGUAGCAGGCAACGUGGAUUUCUUCUAAUGCUAGUGUAUUUUUUGUGGAGGUUUGCCUUAAGAUUGGGAUGCGUUUACGUGGGAUGGGACAAAGGAGGAAGUGGAGUUGCAGUCACAGCAGUGCAUGCUAGCCUUGUUUGUUUGGCCAAAAUGUGGCUGUGGCUGAUAUUCAUGGUUUACUUCUAUGAUUGUAAGAAGAAACGUCUGCAUGAAAAAAUUGACGUGGAGGGAGGACAAGAGGAGAGUACUUGAGGGCACUAGGCAGCAUUGAUAUUGCAGUCGAGCCCUUGUCCCUUUUGGCACCAUUUUCAUUGCUGUAAUGGCCAAACUUCCUUUUCUUUUGUUGGCCAGCCAAGGCUGGUGGGUGUCUCGCUCUGAAUAUUUCAUGGCAUGGAUUUGAUUCCUGUUCUCAA